GGGAAAGCGUCUGGCGGGCGAUCGGCUGAGGCGGCUGAGGCGGCGGCGGAGCUCCUCGUCCGGCCCGGCACCAUGCACGUCGUCAAGCGAGAUGGCCGCCAUGAGCGGGUUAUGUUCGACAAGAUCACCUCCCGGAUCCAGAAGCUCUGCUACGGCCUCAAUUUGGAUUUUGUGGACCCCGCUCAAAUCACCAUGAAGGUGAUCCAGGGUCUGUACAGUGGGGUGACCACGGUCGAACUGGACACACUGGCGGCUGAGACGGCAGCCACUCUCACAACCAAGUACCCCGACUAUGCCAUCCUGGCCGCACGCAUCGCAGUCUCCAACCUGCACAAAGAAACGAAGAAAGUCUUUAGCGAUGUGAUGGAAGACCUCUACAACUACGUGAAUCCACACAACAGCAAGCAUUCGCCCAUGAUCUCCAAAGAAACCCUGGACAUUGUACAAGCCAACAAGGAUCGACUGAACUCUGCAAUAAUCUAUGAUCGGGAUUUCUCCUACAAUUACUUUGGCUUUAAGACCCUGGAGCGCUCCUAUCUUCUGAAAAUCAAUUCUAAAGUGGCCGAGCGUCCCCAGCACAUGCUGAUGAGGGUCUCGGUGGGGAUCCACAAGAACGACAUCGAGGCGGCCAUUGAGACCUACAACCUCCUGUCCGAGAAGUGGUUCACCCAUGCUUCCCCCACCCUCUUCAACGCCGGCACCAACCGCCCUCAGCUCUCCAGCUGCUUCCUCCUGUGCAUGAAGGACGACAGCAUUGAGGGCAUCUACGACACACUGAAGCACUGCGCACUCAUCUCCAAGUCCGCGGGGGGAAUCGGGGUGGCCGUGAGCUGCAUCCGGGCCACCGGCAGCUACAUUGCCGGGACCAAUGGCAACUCCAACGGGCUGGUCCCCAUGUUGAGGGUCUACAACAACACGGCUCGCUACGUGGACCAAGGGGGAAAUAAGAGACCCGGGGCCUUCGCCAUCUACCUGGAGCCCUGGCACUUUGACAUCUUUGAGUUUCUUGACUUGAAGAAGAACACCGGGAAGGAGGAGCAGAGGGCUCGGGACCUUUUCUACGCGCUCUGGAUCCCGGACCUCUUCAUGAAACGGGUGGAGACCAACCAGGACUGGUCCCUGAUGUGCCCAAACGAAUGUCCCGGGCUGGAUGAGGUCUGGGGAGAAGAGUUUGAGCGGCUCUACGAAAGCUACGAGAAGCAAGGCCGGGUGCGCAAAGUGGUGAAGGCCCAGCAGCUCUGGUACGCCAUCAUUGAGUCUCAGACGGAGACGGGGACACCCUACAUGCUCUACAAGGACUCCUGCAACCGGAAGAGCAACCAGCAGAACCUGGGCACCAUCAAGUGCAGCAACCUCUGCACCGAGAUUGUGGAGUACACCAGCAAUGAUGAGGUUGCCGUCUGCAACCUGGCCUCCAUAGCCCUGAACAUGUACGUGACGCCGGAGCACACAUACGACUUCCAGAGGCUGGCCGAGGUCACCAAGGUCAUCGUCCGGAACCUGAAUAAGAUCAUCGACAUCAACCACUACCCGGUGCCGGAGGCCGAGACCUCCAACAGGCGCCACCGCCCCAUUGGCAUUGGGGUGCAGGGCCUGGCCGACGCCUUCAUCCUCAUGAGGUUCCCCUUCGAGAGCCCCGAGGCCCAGCUGCUCAACCAGCAGAUCUUCGAGACCAUCUACUACUGGGCCCUGGAGGCCAGCUGCCAGCUCGCCAGGGAAGACGGGCCCUACGAGACCUACCAGGGCAGCCCGGUCAGCAGAGGAAUCCUUCAGUACGACAUGUGGGACGUGACCCCCACGGGCCUUUGGGACUGGAGCGCUCUGAAGGCCAGAAUCGCACAGUAUGGGGUCAGGAAUAGCCUCCUGGUGGCCCCGAUGCCCACAGCUUCCACGGCUCAGAUUUUGGGGAACAAUGAGUCCGUGGAGCCCUACACCAGCAACAUCUACACCCGCCGUGUUCUCUCGGGGGAGUUCCAGAUAGUGAACCCCCACUUGCUGAAGGACCUGACCGAGAGGGGCCUGUGGAACGAGGAGAUGAAGAACCAGAUCAUCGCCUUCAGCGGCUCCAUCCAGAAUAUCCCAGAGAUUCCCGAGGACUUGAAGCAGCUCUACAAGACGGUGUGGGAGAUCUCGCAGAAGACCAUCCUGAAGAUGGCGGCUGACAGGGGGGCCUUCAUCGACCAGAGCCAGUCUCUCAACAUCCACAUUGCGGAGCCCAACUAUGGCAAGCUGACCAGUAUGCACUUCUAUGGCUGGAAACAGGGCCUGAAGACGGGGAUGUACUACCUGCGGACCAAGCCGGCAGCCAAUCCCAUCCAGUUCACCCUCAACAAGGAGAAGCUGAAGGAGAAGACCUCCAAGGAAGAGGAGGAGAAAGAGAGGAACACGGCGGCCAUGGUCUGCUCCCUGGAGAACCGGGAUGAGUGCCUGAUGUGUGGGUCUUAAGGAGCCUCUGGGCCCCCUCGGCCUCCUUCCGCCUCCCCCAGUGCCCCCCCUCCGCUAAGCUAGGUUAGGAAGUUCUAGGUCACUCUGCAGGGCUGCCAGGCCAUGGUGCUGUGCCUGCAGGAAAUUGGGUUACCAUCCUGCACUGGCCUUCCCUUGCAAAGUGGCCAAGGUAGGAUUGGGGGAUUAGGUCAAGGGAGAGGGGGAAGGGAAGAACUGGGGGUCCAACAGCUGUAGCCAGAACCUGUAAGUGCCCUUGAGUAGCUGUGGAGGGGCUGUUCCUUAUUCACUCCCAGGGAGGCAGGUUCAGCCUAAGCUGCCUUGAUGAUCACGUUUUGUGCCUGACCUCCUUCCUCCUUUCUGGGACCCCUUCUGAGGGUCUCCUGCCCCUUUGCCCUUUUCCAUGUCUCCCUGGCUCCCUCUUUGGGGAAGAAAUCAGUUCUUAGGACAAUUUCUUCCUCUCUGCCUUGUCACAAAUCCUUGGAAAACUUUGCUCCGUUAAGAUCCCGACUGUACUCAGUUGCCAGGCUGGGCUGCUGGGACUGAACCAAAGGAUGUUCCUUGACUUCAUUGUGUAGUUUUCUAACAAAAUCCACGGCUUCCGUUUUGACUAUUUAUUGUAUUCGGCUACUCUGUAUUGUAUUCGGCUACUCUGCACCUGAAUCCUUGAGGCUUGUCGAAUACAUCAAUAAAGACUCCAGUGGGAGGAUUAAAGGGC